GGUUAAUUGGGAGUCUUAAAUAAUACACAUGCACAUAGUUGAUUGCUUAGCUAUCAUCAAUGAAAGAGAUGCUCCCUCAAAGGGUUCUCCCAAUUUGCACGUGUCAAUUUUUUUGUUUGAGCUUUUGGUUUUUGUAAUAGGAACAUUCGGGGACAGUGCACAGGGGGGCAGUGCGAGAAGCCUGCUACCAGUUUCGGGAAUCAACAGUCAUGGGGUUUGCUGUCAACAAAUAUCGUAAUGGGUACCCUUCCUGUUGGGGAGAUCACGUCAUGCCAAGGGCCGCCCUCAUCUAUCUGUGCAGUGUAAAAAAAUGAAUGUUAGAAAAAAACGAAUGUGAGACCUGCAAAUCAAAGAGGGUUCAUCAAGGAGGUUUGGCUUGAGUGGGCGGUGUUACAUAUUUGCAACCAAGGUGUGACUGUUAUUCACUUGUGGAGAAAACCUGCUUACAGGCAUCCUAAGCGCUUAGGAGUGCAGUGUUCAGACAGCUCCUCUUGUCCAUGGGUCUGGUUGCUUGGAACUAUGAAAGAGAUGGCCACAAUACUGUUUGCUCAUCAAAUCUUUCUGGUCCUCUCUUUGUCACUAUCGCAAAAUGCUCAGGGUGAAUCUCUCACUCUGUCACAGUACCCAACAACCAUAAAGAAGAACUAUGGGGAAUCAGCUACCAUUUACUGUGCGCUAUCAAAGGUAAACUUCACUGAUGACAUGGGCCUGGUGUGGUACAAGUAUAUAUCGGGGAAUCCAAUCAAGGUUGGAGAAAUCCGUUUGAAGACCAGUAACAUAUCUGCUAAAGACCAAAUUCAAUUGUUCUGGAACUUUGACACGAACAUAGCGCAAAUGUCAAUUCAGCAACUGAAGAAGAAUGACUCUGGAACGUAUGGUUGUGAACUGCUUUCAGUUGCAGAUAUUGUUAACAUCAAGAAAGCAAAUAAAACAAACAUCACUGUUAUCUUUACAGAAGGACAGCAGAAUGCUUCAGAACAAAAAAACAGUACAAAAAAUGUCACAGAGUUAUCAAAAAAAGGCAAAAUUGAGAUAAUCGUUGCAGCAGUGAUAGCUGCUUUUGUCAUCAUCUGUAUAUUAAUUUUCAUUUUAAUCAGAUACCGACCAAAAAAACAAGAUCCUGAUCCCAGUCCCCCAACAGCAGAUGCCGAGUGUCAGAAGCCAAAUGAUCGUAUCUCCACGGUGUUCUCCAUUGACUAUGCUGUACUACAGGUCCCUGGGAAAAAUAUCAGACAGAAUCUAACAACUUCUGUUGCCUCUGAUGAUUCGUACUAUGCUACGAUUAUAUUUGCCCCUGAGUAGCAAACUGCAAGUGUGGAGAAAAUCACCAUUGAUUUCAGUGUUUGCUUUGUUGACUGCCUAGCUUUGUGAGGUCUUAGACAUCACAUUACAUAAUCACAUCACCUACGUCUGAAGAAGGGUUUCGGCCUGAAACGUCACCUAUUUCCUUCGCUCCAUGCUGCACCCGCUGAGUUUCUCCAGCAUUUUUGUGUACCUACAUUUAUAUUCUCUUUUACUCAAUGUCACAACUUAGGCCAAAAGUAGGUCUAUGACCACUGGGUGAAAAAAAAAACCUAGGCCAUUUAAUCCAAAAUAAAAAAUACUGGAAUAAGUCGGCAGAUCAGGCAACAUUUGCGGAACGAAAAACCGAUUUAGUAUUUCAUGUUGAAGCAUCCAUCUGAAUGAGGUGAUCCUGGAGGGAUGAGGGAGAAUUGAGAAGAUACAGGAAUUUCAUGCUGGAUUCUUCAGUACAGCUUCAAGAUAAUCUGAUUGAAACAUCAUUCACUCGCAGCCAGAUGGAACAACAACCAGCUCUACCGCCACCAACCUUCCCCUUCUUUGGCGCUGAUUGUACUCUAAACUUUGCUCGUGUUGGUCAUGCUCUCAGAGAAUGGGUGCUGGAUUAAAAUCCCCAUUGAUAACACUGUACAUAUUUCUAGUGCCUCCAAACAUGAAUGGCAUUUUCAUGUAGCACUCUGAAAUAUUUAAAAUAUUCUUCUGUUAAUCUGAGGGCCUAUUAGUUUGUAGUGGAUAUUUGUUACUUUACAAUGCCAUAGCACAUUCAGAUGAUUUAUAGAAUAAUACUGGGCAUGUACAUGCACUUUGUAAGCUGGAAGAUGGUGCUCUGAAUUUCAACAUUGAUAUCUCAGGUGCUCACACUUUUUUUUAAAAAAGGAUGUGACUAAAUAACAGUGUAAUUGAAUCGUCAAUUAAUGCAGUUUAUCGUAAAAACAAGGAACUGUAGAUGCCAGUUUACAAAAAUGGCCACUAAGUGCUGGAGUAACUCUACGAAACAACACUUUUGUGUCGUUUUUUUAGUUACUUCAGCACGCUGUGUCUUUUAAUGCAGUUUGCAGUUAGGCUAUUUUAUAGUGGGCCUGGAUCCUGGUUCUGAGAAUAGCUGUAGUUCUUCUAUAAAAAUGUAUUCAUUAACAUGCCCAACAAAGCCAUGUUUACAUUUUACCUCAAGCUUCAAGGGGAAAGCAUAGGAAUAAUAUCAUAACAAAGAUACAUCAUAAUGUAUCAAGAUGUAUUAAGAAGUAAAUAAUGAUAUAAGUACUCAUCCACAAAAUAGACUUAAUUAAUUAAGAAAUGUUCUGGAUAUUCCAUGGAUUGCAGCAAUUCCCUUCGCAAAAUAAUAUAAACCCAAUACUGUUUAUACAAAAUCCUGCAGCAGUGUGGAGCUCCCUCUAAGGACUUUCCUGAGCAUUUGCUGUUCCUAAACAUACUUGGGAAGAAUACUUGAGGACAGGUGGGUACAUCCUACCCAGCACAGACCUACAUAGACCUAAGAGCUACUGCCUUACAGCGCCAGUGACUAGGGUUCAAUCCUGACUAUGGUUGCUUGUCUGUCUGGAGUUUGUACGUUCUUCCCAUAACCUGUGUAGGUUUUCUCCGAGAUCUUCGGUUUCCACCCACAUUCUAGAUGUACAUUUUUGCAGGUUAAUUGGCUUGGCAUAAAUGUAAAAUUGUCCCCAGUGUGUGUAGGAUAGUGUUAGUGUGUGGGGAUCACUAGUCGGUGUGAUCUUGGUGGGCUGAAGAGCCUGUUUCCACGCUGUAUCUCUAAACUAAACUAAACUAAACAUAUGACAUGACCCUCAGCCACCAUCAGCGCACAUUGGAAAUUCAUGCACACAAAGUCUUUGAACUGGCCAAUGCUCAAAAGGUUGGGCACAACUUGCACUUUUCUAAACUGCCGCUCUGGUACUGUGGGUUCCUGCAGAGAACCCAUGUCAGAAAAAAAGUCAUCAUCACUGUUAACAACUGUGUGACUGCACUUUUGCUGUUCUGUUGUAAUUGAAAUGUCUCAUAAUACAACAGCAAGAACUUAUAUUGCAUUGCUGAUUAAUAUUUAUAAAUUAAAAAUAUAUAAAAAAUGCUUCCGAUUGCAUUGGGUGGCAUGGUGAUGCAGCGGUAGAAUUGCUGCCUUAUAGCGUCAAAGACCUGGGUUCGAUCCCGACUAGGGGUUCUGUCUGUAUGGAGUUUGUACAUUCUCCCCAUGACCUGCGUGGGUUUUCUCCGAGAUCUUUAGUUUCCUCCCACUUUCCAAAGAUGCACAGGUCUGUAGGUUAAUUGGCUUGGUAUAAAUGUAAAUUGUCCCUAGUGUGUGUAGGAUAGGGUUAAUGUGCAGGGAUCGUUGGUCGGUGCGGACUUCGGUGAGCCGAAGGGCCUGUUUCCGCACUGUAUCUCUAAACUAAACUAGUAAUUCUUAAAAGCACAUGUUAAUUUUGAUAAUUACUUCAACACAUUAUUUGUGGCAUGGGUCACAAUAUGAUUAAACUUUAGACACUGUAACAGAAUACUCUGUUCAUGGACAUCAGCAAUCUAUUCAGUGAGUAUGAUUAAUAAGGAGAUAUCCCAUGACCAGAUAAUAACAUGUUCACUUUAAUAAAAGUACAUAUUGAAAUUGGUUCACAAGUUUAUGAAAAUGUGAGAGGUCCAGAUCUAGAGAUCCUUGUUUUUGGAAAAGGGCAGAUCUGAAGACUAAUGGCGCACAUUUCAGUUCCCUGAGUCUUACAUGAAGCACUUUGCUCUGCUUGGAAGUUAUUAGAUACGAAUGACUUUUCACAACCCACCAGUCCUGGCAUUUCAUUAAACCUUGGAAGAUUGCACCAAGUGAGAAAUGUAUGUAAAUAAAACAAAGCCUAUUUAUUAAAUACUCUGUUGUGAAAAUGCUGAUGCACCAAUCUUAACACUUUCCAUCAUUAAAUUUAUUUGAGAUGCAAAUCUUUUUUCUCCAUGGUGUUUUAUUUAUCUGUUCAUGCUACUAUAAGACCAGAAGACAGAGGAGCAGAAUUAGGCCAUUCAGCCCAUCGAGUCUACACCACCAUUUGAACUUGGAUGAUCAAUCUCCUGCCUUCUCUUCAUAACCUUCGACGCCUUUACUAAUCAAGAGCCUAUCAAUCUCCGCUUUGGUAUUGGCAAUACUUGCAUUUAUCCUAAUGUGUAGGUAGGAACUGUAGAUGCUGGUUUAAACCUAACAUAGACACAAAAUGCUGGAGUAACUCAGCGGGACAGGCAGCAUCUCUGGAGAGAAUGAAUGGGUGACGAAUGGAAACAUCACCCAUUCCUCCUCUCCAGCGAUGCUGCCUGUCCCACUGAGUUACUCCAGUAUUUUGGGUCUAUCUUGCAUUAAUCCUACAUCUCUAAUCUUCCUUAAAGUGAGGAGGCAGUUAAGAUUUAAUCAUGUAGGUGGAUCUGGACAUUCAGACUCGGCUGCGUAUGAAGAGCUACUUUGCUUUCCUGAAGAAAAUUAGCAACGGGCUUUAGAAUAGUCAAUCAGCUUUGUGGUUUGUUGUCCUGGCAACUCCAGGUUUAACUAAUUCCUUGACUUUAAAUUCCCCAACUUUUCUCAUGGGAUCUGCACUAACGUCUCUGGAUCAAUUGUCCAGAGUCAUGGCGUGGAUCCAGCA